AUCGAGCAAGCUCAGCUCGUCCCCUCCCGCUCUCGUGUUCGAUCCCUCCCACGCAUCUCCUUCCACCACCGCUGUGGCCUCUCAUCACGAGCUCGAGCGGCGGGACAUGAUGAGCGGUAGGAUGAACGUGGCCACGUCCGCGGGGGGCGAUGACUUCCCGUUCGCGCCCAUGCAGCAGCCUCCGCCGCCGCCCUACGUCGGGUUCGAGCACGGCAUGGUGGCGGGCGGCGGCCAGCGCGGCGGGAUGCAGCACCACAUCUACGACGGCCUCGACUUCGCAGCGGCCCUGCAGUUCCAGGAGGUGCCCCACCACCAGCUGCUCACGCUGCCGUCCAGCCUGGCCCCCAUGGCGCCGCCGCCCCUGCCGAUGCCGCUGCAGAUGCCCAUGCCGAUGCCCGGGAUGCCGGGCGACGUGUACCCGGCGCUCGGGAUGGUGAAGCGCGAGGGCGGCGUGGACGGCGGGAGGAUCGGCCUGAACCUGGGCCGUCGUACGUACUUCUCGCCGGGGGACAUGCUGGCGGUGGACCGGCUGCUGAUGCGGUCCCGCCUCGGCGGCGUGUUCGGGCUCGGCUUCGGCGGCGCGCACCACCAUCCGCCGCGCUGCCAGGCCGAGGGCUGCAAGGCCGAUCUCUCCGGCGCCAAGCACUACCACCGCCGCCACAAGGUCUGCGAGUACCACGCCAAGGCCUCCGUCGUCGCCGCCGGCGGCAAGCAGCAGCGCUUCUGCCAGCAAUGCAGCAGGUUUCACGUGCUCACGGAGUUUGACGAGGCCAAGAGGAGCUGCCGGAAGCGGCUCGCCGAGCACAACCGCCGCCGCCGGAAGCCGGCCACCACCGUGGCAUCCAAGGACGCCGCCGCGCCGCCUGCCAAGAAGCCCAACGCCGGCGCCAUCACAAGCUCUUACACUACUGACAACAAGAACCUGAGCACGACCAAGUCGACCAUGUCAUCGAACACGAGCAUGAUCAGCUGCUUGGACCAGGGCAAGCAGGCGAGGCCGACCCUGACUCUGGGCGCGUCGCAAGACAAGGACCACCAGCAGCUCAGCACCAUGCUCCAGGUCCAAGCCGCUGGCCACCACCAGGAGCAGCAAUUCAUAACCUCCCUGCAGGUCCAUAACAACAAUGGCGGCAGCAACAACAACAACAUCCUUUCGUGUUCUUCGGUGUGCUCCAGCGCGUUGCCGUCGGCCAACGGCGAGGUCUCAGAUCUGAACACCACCAACAACAAUGGCAACGGCAACAACAGCAGCAGCAUGCAUCUGUUCGAGGUGGACUUCAUGUAGUAGAGAUGCCAGCAAGCAAGCAAGCACGGGAGUACGUAGUGCUGGCAAGGUGUCCUUGGUGUGUAGUUAAAAGAAAAAGGAGAGAGAGAGAGAUCAGAGAGAGCAAAAAAGGAGUACAAUUUUCAGUAUGCACGCAUGAACUACCAAGUGAAGUGAAGAGGAAAAACAAAACAAAAAGAGAAAAAAGGAGCAAGGAUUCCAUCCAUGAGUAGCAGCUAGCCGCAGGCAGGUCUAGCUUAGCUCUUGCUUGGCCAUAGCAAAGCCAUGCAUCUUCUUCCAGCUUACCUGUACUGCAUCUGCAUCCAUCCAUGCCUUUCUGCCUUUCCAUAUUGUAGUGGGGAAUUAAUAAUGUGUGUUUCCUUAAAUUUCUUCUAGUUUAAUUUCUUGUUACAAGGUGAGGUUCUACUACCACUGUACCAAUCGUUUUACUGUCUCCAACAGUUAGUAACAGAGAGGUG